CCCGCCUCUUGAAUCUGAUUGGCUGUCGGCUCAAAGCGCAGUCACGUGACCGACCGCCCAACGAAACAGAAGCCGGAAGAACACAAACAGAUCCAAGAUGGCGGCGGCCCUCCUGUGUUUCCUCCUGGCUGGUCCGGUGCUGCUGGCUGCUGGCAGCCCAGUUCAUAUCUCCAACAAUGGGACCGUACCACUGGUGCUGUGGCAUGGGAUGGGCGACAGCUGUUGUAACCCGCUCAGCAUGGGGUCCAUAAAGAAGAUGAUCGAGGAGGAGAUCUCUGGCGUGUACGUGCUCUCGCUGAUGAUCGGGAAGAAUGUCGCCCAGGACAUGGAGAAUAGCUUCUUCAUGGACGUGAAUGAGCAGGUGUCCGCGGUGUGCAGCCAGCUGGCCCGGGACCCCGAGUUGAAGGCCGGGUACCACGCCAUGGGCUUCUCCCAGGGCGCGCAGUUCCUGAGAGCCGUGGCUCAGCGCUGUCCCUCUCCACCAAUGAAAAACCUGAUCUCCGUCGGGGGCCAGCACCAAGGAGUGUACGGGCUGCCCAGGUGUCCCGGAGAGAGCUCCCGCAUCUGUGACGCAAUACGCAAAGCUCUGAACAGCGGCGCCUACACCGACAUAGUUCAGAAACACUUGGUGCAGGCCCAGUACUGGCACGACCCCUUAAACGACGACCUGUACAAGAAGCACAGCCUCUUCCUGGCCGACAUCAACCAGGAGAGGGUCGUAAAUGAGACGUACAGGAAGAAUCUUCAGCUGCUGGAAAAGUUUGUCAUGGUCAAGUUCCUGCAGGACACGGUCGUGGAUCCCGUUGAUACAGAGUGGUUCGGCUUCCUGAAACGCGGCCAGGCCAAAGAGACUGAAACGCUCCAGGAGAGCGCGCUCUACAAAGAGGACCGCCUCGGCCUGGCAGAGAUGGACUUGGACGGAAAGCUGGAGUUCCUGUCAAGCGAAGGAGACCACCUGCAGUUCACCAGAGAGUGGUUCAACGCCAACCUGCUGCCUUAUCUGCACUAACACUCAAAGGAAAAAGACUUAAACCAUUUGGCUUCAGGUGCAACACAAUGUCAAGAAUAGAAAAGCUCAAUAACCUGCACAGGGCUGCAGAAAGCACAUUUAUUCCUUUUGCACUGAUCACUAGGUCCAUACUUUGAAUUAUUCAUGCUGUCAUACUUAUUUCAUCUUUUGUUCUGUCCAUCCUGGAGAGGGAUCCUCCUCUGUUGCGCUCCUUACGGUUUCUUCACUUUUUCCCCCUUCUAUUUCUAAGGGAGCUUUUCCUGAUCUGAGGUCAAAGGUCAGGGAUGUUGUAUGUGGAGACUGUAAAGCCCUCUGAGGCCAAUUUGUGAUAUUGGGCUAUAAAAAAUAAACUGAAUUGAAUCACU